CUGUCUGAAAAAGAGAGUCUUAAUACCAAGCCGGAAAGAAGGAAUGACUGCCGUGAUCGACAUAAAGCGGAGAGAAAUAGUCUUGGCGUCCUCCGUAUCUUCUCAGCGGACGUUGGAAACAGGAGGUUAAGACGUGUUCUUUUCCUGAUUAUCAGCAUCAGUUUAAUUUGUGUCUGGCCAUUUCCAAAUCAAUCGCAGCAGCAUCCAAAUGAACUCUACGUUCCGUCGAACAACUGUUGCUACUUGGUAGUACGGUGUGUUGGUGGUCUUGGUAACUUGAUGUUUCAGUACGCGUCGUUGUAUGGCUUGGCGAAGACCAACCGACUGAAACCGAUUUUUGAGUGCGAGAACUCAACGCUCGAAGAUGUAUUUCGUAACCUGAGCAUCGCAAGAUCGAACCAGUCAUCAAAGCCGCUCGUGGAGGUGAACAGCGACCCAUGUUGUACGUUCAAACAGUCUCUGACAACAUUACUGGAAAAUCGCAGUUACCACGUAGCCGGCUUCGUGCAGUCGUGGAAAUACUUCUCCCCGUACAUGGACGACAUAAGGCAGCAGUUCGUGUUUCAACCGGAGGUUGAGCAUGAGUUGAAACGCUGGAGCAACGGCUCUGAGCUAAUAGGCAUUCACACGAGGCGAAACGACUACACUCAACUGUACUACCGGCGCUUUGGUCACUUUCCGACCGAGCCCGGUUUCUUACGCAUGGCGAUUGGCUGGUUUAGAAAACGGUUCGAGUACGACUGGAAUGUCGCCAAUUCGCCAAAGAACGACAGCGUUAUGGUAUUGCAACCAAGGUCACCCGGUGUCGAUAUGUGUGUUCUGUCACGUUUUCCGCAUGUAAUCUUCUCCAGCGGUACCUUUGGCUGGUGGGCGGCUUUUUUAGCCAAUGGCACCGCGGCUCAUGGCAAGUUGUGCAGGCCAAACAGCAAUCUCUGCGCUAUGAUUACAAUGGAAGACUUCUUGUUGCCCGGCUGGCAGGCUGUUGGGCAGUCGGGAUUGCCAGGGCCGCCGCUGAAUAUUACAGAAACACCUGAAAGUUUAGACAAAACUAAAAUAUGCUAA